GCCACCUCCCCCUACGCGUAUUCGUCCACGCUCCCCCGGGUCUCGCUGCGCUCAUUCUCCGAGCAGAGUGUCGGUGGGAUAUCCAAUUGAUAGUGACUGAUCGCGCCAAGCACCAAUUCGCCGUGGGCAUCGUUACUUGCAUAUUUACAUCCCCGCCAAUUGCCUGUUGCGGAAGCCCAGAACCCGCCGAGAUGUCGUCCCGCACUCCGCGCCUGGUCCAGGACGAAGCCAAGUUCGCUAGCGUCUUGUCGACAGCAACCGAGCCGCUAACCCGUCGACUACCACCCUUCCCGGCCGGUGACGGCCCCGAGAAGACCCACGAGACGAAUGAUGUCGCGGGGAAGCUGCUCGUCGAAGACGUAGUCGAUGUCGAUGCUGACCUCGAAAACGAUAACGACCCUGAGAUCGCUCAGAUCCCACCCGAGGUGAGGCGUGUCGUCAGCCUUCACGAUGAUACGACGCUACCCACAUUGACCUUCCGGUAUUUCCUGCUCUCCUUCAUCUUCGUCGUGCCGGGGGCCUUCCUGUCUCAGAUGAACAGCUUCCGGACAACUUACGCGCCAUACUCCGUCUUCUUCGUCCAGAUCGCGGCCAACUAUGUCGGUCUCUGGCUUUCCCAGGUGCUUCCCCAGCGCCAAAUUCGUGUGCCCCUCACGAAAUGGUCCUUCAGCCUGAAUCCCGGCCCGUGGUCAGUCAAGGAGCAUGUUCUCGUUACCAUAACUGCGGCAUCGGGAGCCACCGGAAACCUCGCCACGACGCCGAUAUCUCUUGGCGAUCUUUACUUUAACCAGCGCAUCCAUCCCGCCGCGGCCAUCUUAUUCAUGUGGUCCAUCGACGCCACCGGCUACGCCUUCGCUGCGGUUGCCCGCCAAUUCCUCCUCUACGAGCCAGCGUAUCCCUGGUUCCAGGCCCUCUGCCAGACAGCGCUCUUCGAGACGCAGAACAAGCAGAACAAGUCCCCGACGCCAACUGCGCGCAAGCAGAUGCGCAUUUUCUGGCUCACCUUUCUAGGCAUCGCCCUUUGGCAAUUCCUGCCGGAAUAUGCGUUCCCCAUGCUUAAUUCCAUGGCCUUUCUCUGCUGGGUUGCGCCCAACAACCCCGUUGCCAACUUUAUCGGAUCCGGCCUCGGCGGCAUGGGUUUCCUCAAUCUGAGCUUUGACUGGGCCAAUAUUUCCGGCAGCUUAUUUCUGAGUCCCUGGUGGUCCCAAGUCGUGCUUUUCGUCUCCUUUCUGAUACCCUGCUGGAUUCUGCUUCCCGCCGCCAAAUGGGGAGGACUGGGCGGGUACCCGCACUGCUUGAUGUCGAAUCGAGCUUGCACCGCGGACGGAGAGACGUACCCUCUGGCUGAUCUGGUCACAGGCCAGAAUACCUUUAAUCAAACAGUGUACGAGGAGAACGGCCCACUGUAUCUCGGCGUACAAUACCUGUGGUCUAUCUUCUUCGAUUACGCCUCGUAUAGUUCGGCAUACGCCUGGAUCGCUUUCUUCGGGGCAGGUCAGAUCAAGGAAGCGUACAAAAGGUUUCGUGCUCGCCGCAGUAAGCCAGGGCAAGGAAUAAAUCAUCAAGAUACCGAUCGUCUUAACGUGCUCAUGCGGUCGUAUAAAGAGGUACCUCUAUGGUGGUACACCAUCCUAUUCGCAAUUUCGUUCGUUAGUAUCAUGACGAUUGUCGGACUAAAUAUCAUGUUCAUCCCCUGGUGGACCUACUUUGUCGCCCUAGGAACAGGCGCAGCCGUCGUCGUGCCGCUGGGCUGGCUGUAUGCUGUGAGCAACUUUCAGCUGCCCAUCGGAACGUUCAACGAGCUAUUAUACGGUACGAUGGUGCAGAAAUUAAGCCACAACCGGAGCCCCAUCGGAGCCAGUGUGUACGGCUCCAUUGCUGGCGACGCGUGGUAUCGCGCCCAAUACAUGUUACAAGACCAGAAGAUAGGACAUUACAUGCACGUUCCUCAACGUGCCGUCUUCUUCUCGCAGCUCUUCGGAAUUACUAUGGGUGUGCCGGUCAAUUACGCUGCCAUGCGCUGGAUCAUCGACACGAAGCGUAAAUAUCUGACGGGAGAAAGUCAGGAUCCCGCUCAUAUCUGGACUGCCCAAGGGCUGGCCGGCUCUCUGACGAUGGGUGUGCAAUACGUUCUUAUUGGGCCAACCAAACUCUUCCAGCAAGACCAGUUCAGGCCUCUUCCCUACGCUUUCCUUGUCGGAGUCGCCUGUCCAGCCAUCAUAUAUCUGCUCCAUCGACUAUUCCCACGCGCUAAAUUCCACCUGUGGAACACUACCAUCUUCUUCAGCGGCGCGUCCUCGUUCUACGGCAAUAUAUCCACGGGAAACCUCUCGCGGUUCAUUGGAGGCUUCGUCGUCAUGUAUUGGGCGUACAGGUACCGGUACCAGCUAUGGGCAAAGUACAACUUUAUCUUGGCUGCCGCGUUCGACGCGGGCUUCAAUCUCAAUAUGCUGCUGAUAUUCUUGAUAUUUGGCAGCGCUAAGGUCAUAAGCAUGCCAAAUUGGUGGGGGAACGAUGCCCAGAAUGUCGAGAAGUGUUACUCUCUGCAAUGAUAGAACGAUGGCAGACCUCGUCCUCCGUUUUACUGCAUAUUUAGCUAUCAAGUCUACAGUAAAUGAUGGGGAAUUGGCACACUCAUAU